AAACUUAGGAGUAUUUCAUAAAAUAAGUUAUUAUUGACUCGACGUGCGACUUUAAUUCCACCAUUCAUAUCUCAUCACCAAAUCAUCGUCAAACUCUGAGAUACCACACAUCUCAAACUCCAAGAAUCCCAUGGUGUCCACAAUUUUGAGCUUCAAUCUCCAUCUCCACCCCCACCACCAAAGCCACCUCUUCUCAAACCCCAAAACCAACUACCUCUUGAAGAAAUCAGCAAUAUUCACAACCAACUUAACUAGAAAAUUCUCCCUCCUCCCCAAAAAAUGCUACCCCGAUCCCUCAAUGAUAUCAUCAUCAUCAUCAUCAAAUCAAUCUCAAUUAAUCUCCCAGUUUGGAGAUGUUGAGCCGGACCCCACCCUCAUAAACGAUGACCUAAAGCCGACGCCCCCGGCCCACCGGACUCUCUCUGGGCUGGAUAUGGCCAGCCUGUGGGUAGGGCUGGUGGUGGGGGUGCCAUCAUAUUACCUAGCCGGCAGCCUAGUCGACCUGGGCAUGGCCUGGUGGCAGGGCAUCGCCACCGUGGUGGCUGCCAACGUAAUCCUCCUAUUCCCACUCGUCCUAACCGGCCACCCGGGCACCAAAUACGGAAUCUCCUUCCCAGUCCUAGCCAGAUCCUCCUUCGGAAUCCGCGGCGCUCAUAUCCCCACUCUCUUGCGAGCCCUGGUCGGGUGCGGCUGGUACGGGAUUGAGUCAUGGAUCGGCGGUGAAGCAAUCCUCCUCCUCCUUCCAGAAAGCGUGAAAGCGUCAUCCCUUGCAUUGCCAGUAAACUGGCUUGGCACUUCACCCCUGGCGUUCAGUUGCUUCAUCGUGUUCUGGCUGCUGCAGCUCGGAACAUUCUGGAACGGGAUCGAAGGGAUACAACAGAUUGAGAAAUACGCAGCUCCGGUUCUGAGCCUGCUCACUCUCUCCCUCCUCAUGUGGUCGUAUGUUCGAGCUGGCGGCUUCGGCCACAUGCUCUCCCUCUCAUCAAAGCUUUCGAGCUCCGAAUUCUGGGCUCUGUUCUUCCCUUCACUGACAGCAAACAUCAGUUUCUGGGCUACUCUAGCGCUAAACAUCCCUGACUUCACUCGCUACGCCAAGAGCCAGCAUGAUCAAAUCAUAGGCCAAGCCGGUCUCCCCUUGUUCAUGGGAGCAUUCACAUUUGUGGGGCUGGCAGUGACUUCCUCCACCACAGUCAUAUUCGGUGAAGUCAUUUCCAGCCCAAUCCAGCUUCUGGGGAGAAUAGGUGGGAUUUGGACCAAGAUCUUAGCUAUAUUAGGCAUAAGCCUGGCCAUCAUCACCACCAACGUGGCAGCCAACGUGGUCGCCCCAGCGAACGCGCUCGUCAAUCUGAGCCCUUCCGUCUUCACGUUCCGGAGGGGGGCCCUGCUGACGGCGCUGCUGGGGAUUGCCUUCCAGCCUUGGAGGCUGCUGCAGUCCAGUGAGAGCUUCGUGUACACGUGGCUGGUGGGGUACUCGGCGUUUCUGGGGCCCAUCGCUGGGGUGAUUCUGGUGGAUUAUUAUUUGAUCAAGGGUGCGGAGUUGAGCGUGGGGGAUUUGUACACGAUGAGCCCGAAAGGGGCUUACUACUACUUUGGUGGCUUCAAUGUGGCUGCGAUUGGGGCGUUGGUGGUUGGGGUUUUGCCUGUGGUUCCUGGUUUCUUGAAUAAGCUUGGAAUGUUGAGAUCCGUUCCUCAACCGUUUGUGCUUAUUUACAACAAUGCUUGGUUCAUUAGCUUCUUCUUAGCUGCCUUUGUGUACUGGCUAUUGAUCAAACUCACAGCUGCCUCAUUCUCACACAUUUCUGUUUAUAAUUGUCACACAAAAUAAAAGCUAUGUGGAGGGAGGAGUAUCAUUUUUCUACAAA